UCAUCGGAGAAGAAGAAAUUUCCACGUGGUUCCGGUUUGUGUUGAGCUUUUCCUGUUUGUAUUUGAGCAACACGCGUUCAAAGAAGUCCAAGAAACUGGCAAAAUGGUCCGUAAAUUAAAAUUUCAUGAGCAGAAACUUCUGAAGAAGGUAGAUUUUAUAAACUGGGAGGUGGACAACAACAUCCAUGAGGUGAAAGUGCUGCGAAGGUUCCGUAUCGAGAAGCGUGAGGACUACAUGAAGUACAACAAACUCAGUCGUAACAUCAGAGAUUUGACUCAGAAGAUUCGUGACCUGGAUGAGAAGGACGGUUUCAGAGCUCAGAGCACACACAGGCUGCUGGAGAAACUAUAUAACAUUGGCUUGAUUCCCACCAAACAGAACCUGGCCCUCACUGAGAAGGUCACAGCGUCCUCCUUUUGCAGGAGGAGACUACCAUGUAUCAUGCUCAGUCUUCGCAUGGCUCAAAACUUAAAAACUGCAAUCACAUUUAUUGAACAAGGACAUGUGCGUGUUGGUCCAGAAAUUGUUACAGAUCCAGCUUUUCUUGUUACACGGAACAUGGAAGACUUUGUAACUUGGGUAGAUUCGUCAAAGAUCAAGCAGCAUGUCAUGAACUAUAACGAUGAGAGGGAUGACUUUGACCUAGUAGCAUAAUCCUUUUCAAGACAAAGAAGUAUUGUGUUCACAGUAAAUGAAUCGUACUUCGAUGUGAGAAGCUACUGGAUAAACUAUACAUAUUCCUCUCAAGCAUAACCACUAUGGGACUGGUUCAAAGUGGCUUGUGCCUGGAUCUUCAGAAUAAUGAUAAUCACAGCUGCUCCUGCAAGAUCCCCGUUUCACUUCACUACUGUGUGAGAAAAACAUGAAAGGCAUAGAUUUGGACCUUUGACUCUAGUCUCUGGGUUUAAUGAACUGAGAAGAGACUGAGGCACGAGGACUACCUGGAGUGGAGCACAGUGUUUGCUCUGGAUGUGGACUUGUGUGAACAAUUAGACUGCACUUUGGUACAGAGUCAAGUCUUGGUACACACAAAAACUGUUUAUGUAAGGAACUUUUAUUUGAUAAAUAUUUAAUCUACUGUAAACAUUGCAUUAAAUACCCUGCAUGUUACUUGUCCCACCCAUUCUAAAUGCUUGACAUCCAUAGCAAGUAAAGAACAUUCCAGCUUUGCAUUUCACAUAAAAGUCACCCCCAAGACAAA